AUGGCGGCGUCAACGAACACUUUCCUUGUCGGAAACCACCCUCAGAUCCCAACCUUGAGACCCAAAUCCAUUUCCCAGUCUCUACUCCACCUCAGCAAGCCUUGCACCGUCAACAUCACCACCAGAGCCAAAUCCGUCUCAAUACGAUGCGCUUCCUCGACGACGCACGUUCAAGACGGUGCCAGAUCCACCACCGCCGGAUCCGAGCCACGUGUCUUCAAUUUCGCGGCGGGCCCAGCGGCUUUACCCGAGAACGUCCUGCUCAAAGCUCAGUCGGAGCUAUACAACUGGCGUGGAUCUGGGAUGAGCGUCAUGGAGAUGAGCCACCGUGGGAAAGAGUUUCUCUCAAUCAUCCAAAAAGCUGAAUCGGAUCUCCGUCAGCUCCUCGAGAUCCCUACGGAAUAUUCCGUUUUGUUCCUUCAAGGCGGCGCCACCACCCAAUUCGCCGCGCUGCCGCUCAACCUCUGCAAAUCCGACGAUCCCGUCGAUUACAUUGUCACCGGAUCUUGGGGAGACAAGGCCUUCAAGGAAGCGCAGAAAUAUUGCAAUCCGAAAGUGAUUUGGUCAGGCAAAUCGGAGAAAUACACAAAAGUCCCGUCUUUUGAUGGAUUGGAGCAGAAUCCGCACGCCAAGUAUUUGCAUAUAUGCGCCAAUGAGACGAUCCAUGGAGUCGAAUUCAAAGAUUACCCAGUUCCUAAGAACUCUAACGGCAUUCUAAUCGCUGACAUGUCGUCCAAUUUCUGCUCGAAGCCGGUGGACGUGUCGAGAUUCGGUGUGAUCUACGCCGGCGCGCAGAAGAACGUUGGUCCUUCCGGCGUCACGAUCGUGAUAAUCCGGAAAGAUUUGAUCGGAAACGCUCGCGACAUCACUCCGGUGAUGCUUGAUUACAAGAUCCACGACGAGAACAGCUCGCUGUACAACACGCCUCCGUGUUUCGGGAUUUACAUGUGUGGCCUCGUGUUUGAUGAUUUGCUUGAACAAGGUGGUUUGAAGGAAGUGGAGAAGAAGAACCAGAGGAAAGCUGAGCUGCUUUACAACGCCAUUGAUGAGAGCAGAGGGUUUUUCAAGUGUCCUGUUGAGAAGUCUGUGAGGUCUUUGAUGAAUGUUCCGUUCACGUUGGAGAAGUCGGAGUUGGAAGCAGAGUUUAUCAAGGAAGCUGCGAAGGAGAAGAUGGUGCAGCUCAAGGGACAUAGAUCAGUGGGAGGUAUGAGAGCUUCGAUUUACAAUGCAAUGCCUUUGGCUGGAGUCGAAAAGCUUGUUGCUUUCAUGAAGGAUUUCCAGGCAAGGCAUGCCUGA